AGUACUCUGACCGAAGCAUCUAAACCUAAGCUGCAGCUUUUUCUCCACUCAUUCCCUCACUGCCCAAGUCCACAGGACCGAACAGCAACUAUGACUUCCUCUCCAACUUCUACUGCUGUUUUGAACCCUUUAGUCCUAGAUUUAAUCAUCAGAUAAAUGUUCCAUCUGAAUCUCUACCGUCAACAGAUAUAAAGAAAGAAUUAACAAAGAAUCAAAUCAUAUUUUUAGUAAAUUUUAAGGUUAUUUUUGGACAGUACCAUGGAUAGAUCAAGAUCUUCGAAAAGGUACUACUAUGACCACCCAGCAGAUUACGAUUCUGAGUUCAACCCUAGUCGAAAUAAGCCUCGUUACAACAAUUCCCAUUCUGGGUCUUACCAUCAUCCCCACCACCGCCACCGUGGAGCGGCGGGAGGCGGCGGAGGUGGUGGAGGAGGAAGGAAAAUGCAAGACCCGUCAUUGACUGUUACCACCAGUUACAGAAUUUUGUGCCAUGAUGUGAAGGCUGGAGGAGUGAUUGGGAAAUCUGGAAGCAUUAUUAAGGCUAUAAGACAGCAUACUGGGGCUUGGAUUAAUGUGCAUGAAUUGAUUCCCGGGGAUGAGGAGAGGAUUAUUGAGAUCUCUGAUACUCGAAGAAGGGACCCGGAGGGGAGGAUUCCGGCUUUUUCUCCGGCCCAGGAGGCGUUGUUGUUGAUACAUGAUAGGAUUUUGGAGAGUGAUAUUGCUGCUGGUGGCGGUGGCGGUGGGGAUGUUGUGGUGACUAGGCUGGUGGUGUCAAGAAUGCAUGUGGGGUCUUUGUUGGGGAAAGGAGGGAAGAUUAUUGAGCAAAUGAGGAUGGAUACUAAAACCCAUAUUAGGAUUUUGCCCAGAGAUCACACUCUGCCUCGGUGUGUUGCAAUGUCCGAAGAGAUUGUUCAGGUUGUGGGUGAUGUGAAUGCUGUGAAAAAUGCUUUAAGUGUUAUUUCCUCACGAUUGCGGGAGAGUCAGCAUCGUGAUCGCAGUCAAUUUCAUGGUCGGAUGCAUUCACCCGAGCGAUUGUUCCCUGAUGAAGAUUUCAUUCCUCACAUGAAUAAUUCAGGGCGCCGAACAUCUGCAGAUGGGAGUAGUUUUGGAUCUAGGUUUCCUACUGGUGGACGGGCCAAUAAUUAUUCCUCACGCCAAUCUGGGCAUGCCAGUGAAUCUGAAGUGACUCCUAUCAGUGAUAAUGCACAACUUUUUCCUGGUGAAGACCUUGUUUUUCGGAUUCUAUGCCCGGUAGAGAAGGUUAACUGCAUUAUUGGGGAAUCUGAUGGGAUUAUGGAUUUGCUUCAAAAUGAAGUUGGUGUGGACGUCAAGGUUACUGAUCCUGUUGCAGGCUCAGAUGAGCAAAUUAUAAUUGUUACAUCAGAUGAGGGUCCUGAUGAUGAGCUGUUUCCUGCUCAAGAAGCAUUGCUGCAUAUUCAAACCCACAUUGUUGAUCUCGUUCCAGAAAAAGAAAACUUUAUAACUACUAGGUUGCUUCUUCAGUCAGAAGAAAUUGGGUGCUUCAAUGGUAGAGAUGGAUCAUUGUCUGAUGUUAGAAAGAUAGCUGGUGCUGAUGUGCAAAUUCUGCCCCGAGAAGAACUUCCUGCUUGUGUGUCAGAGAAUGAUGAAAUUGUACAGAUUGUAGGGGAGAUCAAAGCUGCUCGUGAAGCUCUUCUUGAGGUGACAUCAAUGCUGCGGAGUUACUUUUACAGGGACUUCUUUCAAAAGGAUAUGCCUUUGCCUUCACUAUCCACUUCCAGUGUGAUGGAGGGUGCGCUUCGGCAUGAUGGAGCUUCUAAAAACGUGAUUCCAUCUCCAGAAGAUCAUGGUGGGAAGGAUCCCCCAACUUCCGCAUAUCAAAAUGCACCAAACACUGCAACUGCACAACCAACAAACACUACAACCACGCAGCCAGUAAAGGACUCCGUGACGUCAACCAGCGAUUCAGGAAAGCAAAAUGAAAAUGAACGUCAAGAAGAUAUCCCUACUGCAGUGAAUAGAUUAUCUGUUCCACUCGUCACUAGGAGCACUUUGGAAGUUGUUAUACCAGCACAUGCAGCUUCCAAACUUGUAACAAAAUCAAGAAACAAGCUUGCUCAGAUCAGUGAGUUAUCUGGAGCAAAUGUUCAACUUGUUGAAGACAGACCAGAAGCAACUGAGAAGACUAUCCAAAUAUCGGGUACUCCAGAGCAAGCUGAAAGAGCCCAGAGCUUGCUUCAAGGAUUCAUUUUGAGCAUCGAAGAAGAUGGACCCUGAGAUGUGCAUGGCUAAUAUGGCUUCAAAUGCGACUAUGCUCUAAUAUUUAUAAAUGUAGUCUGCAGUCCCCAGAUGUAGUCCCUGAAAUGAGGGAAUUUUGUUUCGUCAUCUUGGUACUCAGAGCUGCACUUGCAUUUUCGUGCAGGGCAGCUAUGUACAUGUGUGGCCGUACAAAGUGAAACCGAGUCAGUGCUGUAGUUGAACCUUUAAGCAGCUCUAAAAUGUUUGUUUUGUUUUCAUGCAUUGUAUUGGAAAUAUAGGCAUAGGAAUGUUUUAUUUGGAGAACUUGAUAAUACACAAAUUCUUCAAUAGCUGAUGAGAACAUAUGAUUGAUCGGAAAUUAGCCUCUGAUUUAAUCA